UCUGCCAUGGCAGCAGAAAACCAACUCGCGCCGCCGUCGGAGGAAACCUCCACGGCCCACCACCUCUCUGUCCCACCGUGUUUGACCCAGAACGAGUUCGACGAGUUGCACCCGUUUGUAACCGAGUUCCAUACCUACCAACUCACAUCAUCCCGGUGCUCAUCCCUACUAGCUCAACGCAUCCACGCGCCGUUGGACGUCGUGUGGUCGGUGGUUCGCCGGUUCGAUAAGCCGCAGAUAUACAAACACUUCAUCAAGAGCUGCACGGUUGCAGAUGGGUUUACAAUGACGGUGGGAUGCACGCGUGCUGUCGACGUCAUAUCGGGGUUGCCGGCGGCGACGAGCACGGAGAGGUUAGAUGUGAUGGAUGAUGAAAGGCAUGUGAUAUCGUUUACGGUCAUUGGCGGUGAGCAUAGGCUGAGGAAUUAUCAGGCGGUGACGACGGUUCAUGAGGUUGGUGCUCAGCCGCCUGAGACGGUGGUUUUGGAGUCGUAUGUGGUGGAUGUGCCGGAAGGGAAUACGGAGGAGGACACACGGCUGUUUGCUGAUACGGUGGUGAAGUUGAAUCUGCAGAAGCUGGCUGCUGUCUCCGAAGCCGCGGCUGGUCGUGACCGCGCCGCCACCACCAUGUCUCGCAGGUGAUCCUGCUGUUGUGAGGUUUCAAACACCAAAGAAAAAGACAAAAAAUCUAUUUUCUAUUUUCCGAGAUUUCCAAAUUUUCUAUUUUUGUGCAAUUUUACGAAAGUACCCUUUUCCUACCCUGGGUUGAUAUUGUUCCGUUGUUAUGUUUGGGGGUGUUUUUGUCCAUGUUGAUUGUGCAAAGUUUUUCUAUUUGAUAUAAAGAUGGGAUAAAAAAACUAUAA